AUGACGUUACAGAAUCUUGAAGAGCAAAUGAAUUGCUCAGAUGUGGAAAGCAUGCUUAAAAAAUACUACUUACCGACAGCAUACACCAUUGAAUUCAUAUUUGGACUUCUUGGCAAUAGCGUUGUAUUGUUUGGAUAUAUUUUUUGCCUGAAAAACUGGUCAAGUGGAAGCAUAUAUCUUUUCAAUCUGUGCAUAUCAGACUUUGUUUUCCUCUGUACAUUUCCACUGCUGGUGAAAAAGUAUAUAAAUGAGGAAUGGACAUUUGGAGAUUUCCUUUGCAAAUGUAACAUAUACUUAUUUCAUGAAAAUCUCUACACCAGCAUCCUUUUCCUUGCGUUCAUCAGUGUUGAUCGCUACAUGCUAAUAAAAUACCCCUUCAGAGACCACAUUCUCCAGAGGAAGAGUACAGCUAUCAUGAUAUCCCUUGGAAUUUGGAUUUUGGUGUCACUUGAGAUAUCUCCUAUUCUUAUUUUCGUAAAACAAGUCGAGGACAAAAAUGUCACCAAAUGUCUAGAUUAUGCAAACUCUGGAGAUGCGACAUGGAGUCUAGUGUAUAGCCUCUGUCUUACGUUUACUGGAUUCGUUAUUCCUUUAUGCGUAAUAUGGAUCUUUUAUAUGAAAAUUACAUGUUUUAUAAAAAAACGAAAUCAGCAGCUACCAAACAGGGCUUCUCUUGAAAAGCCUGUAACAAUUGUAGUCCUUGCAGCAACUAUGUUUUCCAUUUUCUUCACUCCAUAUCAUGUUAUGAGAAAUCUAAAAAUUGCAUCACGAACAGAGUCUUGGACACUAAGCACAUGCUCACAGAUGACCUUAACCUCCGUAUAUAUUGUUACAAGACCAAUAGCUUACUUAAACAGUAUGAUUAACCCAGUGUUUUAUUUUCUGAUGGGUGACAAUUUCAGAGAAAUGUUACUUGCCAAAAUCAAACGCAUUUAUACAUCUCUGAAAUGCACAUUUAAUUCAAGAUGGCCAUAAUUAACUUUUGCUGUAUUUACUAUUGUGCAUGCAUCAUUGUAUAUGGAUAUCUUUUUGGCUGAUCAGACUUUUUCUUAUCAAGUGAUGACAUUUUUAUCC